GCAAGAAGCCAGAAACUGACCAGAAACGUGUGUUUUGGAAUUACUGGUCGCACUUUUCCCGCUCUUCAAAAUCAUCCAAAACUACCAAGCAGACAUGAAGCAGAAAGAGAAACGGAAAAGUUGCCCCAACUGUGCCACUAACUUUUCUCGGAGAGCCUUCUAUUAUCAUAAACAAAAACACCACGAUGGUAACGUGUGGACAUGUGGUAAUAGGCAAGCCAAGAUUUAUCCGUCGAACGUGCCUUUGCAAGCAGCUUCUAUUGAAAUGGAAUCCCCCUCGAGAAAGAUCAACGAUGCCGCUGAUACUGAGCCCAUUUGCUCCAGUGCAGAGUAUCCUGUGACCAUGACCUCUUCGCCACGAGCUUCAGGAGAUGUUGCCAAUGAUUCAACCCGCAAAGUAACUGUUGAGGAUUUUACAAGUGAAUCAGAUUCUACUGGUACUGACAGUAGCAAUAGCUCAGAUACUGACAGCAACAGCGAAGAUGAGCAGUGGGAGAAAGACGCAAUCGAUCCUAGAGACCUCUUCGAAGUACCAGAAGGGUCGUGUUCUCAGCAGACACGCUCUGGCAGGUUUCCUGUCUGCGAAGAUAGAGGAGAUCUUCGAGAGAAAUGUAAAGCUCUAUUGAUAUGGGUGUGCCACUUUUUGUUCUUGUGGCAAACUAAUUAUUUAAUAAGCGACCGUGCCCUGGAUAAACUUCUUCACUUUCUGUCAGUUUUGUUUAAGGCGAUUAGCCACCAAAUAACAGCUCUGACAGAGAUUGCUGGAGUGAUUCCACAAUCGGUUUAUAUGAUCAGACGGCAUUUAAAAUUUGAUAGAGACUCUUUCAUAAAAUAUGCUGUAUGUCCGAAGUGUGCAAAGUUAUAUGAUUUUGGAGAGCUGUUUUACGAAGUUGAUGGAACGUCAAAUCCUCGUAAAUGUUCCAAUUCCUGGAUAAAGUCAAGAGGGCGUCAGAUCACCUGUAAUAGCAAACUCGUGAAAGCAGUUCGAUUCGCUGACGGAUCGAAGAAAUAUUACCCACUUAAAAUCUACUGCUACCAAAGCAUUAUCGAGUGUCUUGAAAAUAUGAUUAAACGUGAAGGCUUUUUGGAUGAUUGUCAAAAAUGGAAGGGGCGGAAUAUCCCUGGCGAAAGCUUGGCUGAUGUUUAUGAGGGAAAAUUAUGGAAACAGUUUCAAGCUUACCAUGAGCAACCAUUAGAAACGGGGAAAUAUUUCUUCGGUUUUAUGAUUAAUUGUGACUGGUUUCAGCCAUACGUUCGCCGCAACGUCUCUGUUGGCGUUAUUUACCUAACAGUGCUAAACUUGCCCAGGGUCAUGAGAUUUAAACAGGAAAACACCAUCGUUGUUGGGGUCAUACCUCCUCUAGACAAGGAACCAGCAUCACUCAACAGUUUUCUUGAACCAGUUGUUAAAGAAUUGAAUGCCCUAUGGAAAGGUGUUCAAAUAAGUACACCUUGCGAAGUUAUGACGAUUCAAGGAGCCCUAAUGUGCUGUUCAGCAGAUUUACCUGCAAACAGAAAACUUUGUGGUUUUUUGAGCCACAGUGCUUCACUUUUCUGCUCAAAAUGUUUGAAAAAAGCUCCAAAUGUCCAAACAGGGGAAACUGACAAGGUUGGGAGGCCUAAAAUGAAAAAUGAUUACGGGGGGUUUGAGAGGAAAACGUGGCCUCCGCGGGAUAACAAUAGCCACCGCAGAUGUGUGGCACAGGUUCGGCGGAGUGCCUCUUUAGCAGAAAGAGAGAAAAUUGAGAAACAACUCGGAGUGCGUUACAGCUGUUUACUUGACUUGGAGUAUUUCGAUGCAGUCCGGUACUGUGCCAUUGAUCCAAUGCAUAAUCUGUUUACAGGGACUGCCAAAAAGGUAUUUAGCCAUUGGGUUAAAAAAGAUAUACUCAAGAGAAAGGCACUGGAUGAAAUUGACGAGAAAAUUAACCACAUGUUAGCCUCGUCAGACCUUGGCCGAUUACCUACAAAAAUUGCUUCAAACUAUGGGAAUUUCACAGCAGAUGAAUGGAAGAAUUGGACAUUAUAUUUUUCAAUGUACGCGUUGGAUGGGAUCCUACCCGAGGUACAUCUUAAAUGCUGGCAGACAUUUGUACUGGCAUGCAGACUUAUCUGCAAACCGUGCAUAUCCAUUGCUGAGGUAGAAAAGGCUGAUUUUCUGUUUCUUAAAUUUUGCAAGGAAUACGAAACAUUACAUGGAUCUUUGGCAAUAACGCCAAACAUGCAUUUGCACACCCAUCUCAAAGAAUGCAUCAUUGAUUUUGGUCCUGUGCCUGCCUUUUGGUGUUUUGCAUAUGAACGGUUCAAUGGAUUAAUUGCGGACAUACCUACUAAUAACAGUAAUAUUGAAGUUCAAUUCAUGAGAUCUGUAACGAGAAUUCCGUUUGUGAAAAAUAUAAACCACCACUUAGACUUCAGCAAAGAUUUUCUUGACAUCUGUAAUAGCGUUUCACUGGGUCACAGUACCGGUACAUCAGCACAGAUUCCGGAAGCGUCAGCCGUAGGUGCACUUUUCCGCACGUGGAGAGGGCCAUUCGUAGUUCAAACCUUUUCAGAUCUCACUGCAGUUAAACCUGUAGGACAUGGUCUAAUAGCUUCUUUUGAUUCUGACGAUUUGAAUUAUCUUCUGCAAAUGUAUCAAUCUUUGUAUGAAAACACCAGAUUACAAAGGGAUCAUUUGCAGCUAACGUUCAAUAAAUAUGGAGUUAUACAUGUUGGGAACGAAGUUUUUGGAUCAUAUUUCAACAAGAGAUCGCGAAAUACCAGCGGGAUUAUGGCUCACUGGGUCGACGACGAUGCAAAUAUUGAUUGUCUCGCUGAGCUAAGACCAGGAAUAGUCAAGUACUACAUCAAACAUACGAUAUUUCUUAACAGUGUCCCAGUACCUCACGUUCUCGCUGCGGUUCGAUGGUAUGUUAGAGACCAUGCGAUUACAGAUCGCUAUUUAGCACCUAUUACAUCUUGGCCUAAACGCUCAUAUUUACAAGGAGGGGCAUCUUCUUUUAUUCCGGUGCAACGAAUCUAUGGAAAGUUCAUUGCGGCACACGACAAAGAAGGCAACGUGGCCUUGUCUUCACUGAACCGACAGCUCUUUCUUUAGGACAAAGGAAACACUGACUGUCCUUCAUUCAGACUUUUUGUCUAUGAUAUACUACAUCGUAUUGUUACCUGUAGUGAUACCGAAACUUUGCUAUAAGAAAUGUCCAGUGAUCUCUGGGUUCCCCAAAUGCAUUGGGUCAAUUUCAUUUGAACAAAGAUUGUCUAAUCCAAGAAGUGUGUACUUUAUGUUGCAACAAGCGUACUCUAGAUCUGUUAAUGGCAAAAGAAGAAACCCUUCAAAUGCAUGUGAGGUAUUUGCUAAUAACGUGAAAUAGGUUCGUUGCAGAAUAUGUUAUUUCCCUUUUCGCUUAAGUCCAUCGAGAAACUGGUAUAUAGAAAUUUAUUUUUUCUUGUACUGGUAUUUCAUGUAGGAGAUUAAUGGUUUACACAAUAAACUACCAGUAUUGGUCACCGCA